AUGAAUCCAAACGGUUCGAUCUCGAUGGGCGAUGAAAAAUUUCAAAUGAAUGUCGAUCAAGAUAUUGACGAUCAUAAUCGACUAAUAAAAUCACGUUUCUUGAAUCAACGUCGGCCAUUGCGUUUAGCAUCAUUGAUUUAUCCGAUUUUAUUGGCUAUACUUCUUAUAAUCGGUACUGUACUUUUAAUUCUUACAAUCACUCGACGACAAGCAUGUCGACAACAACAAUUGGAACAAGCCGAAGUUCUUCUAGGAUACAAACCUGAUCUUCAUAUGAAGACAUGGGUACCAUGUGUGAAAACAGCUACAAACGCAUGCGCAUGCCCAGCCACAUUUAUUCAUUCUUCAGCGAAUCCAUCGCAUUGUAUUCCAAAUCAUUCGCGUUGUCUCGAAUCAUGUAAAAUGAAUGAACAUUGUAAAUGCCACAAUCUAGUUGAUCCACUUCGUUGCCGCAUCGCCACACGUGGCUGGUUCGAUAAUGAAAUAAAGGUUGGUCCUGUCGAACGUUUUCGCAAUCCAGUUACAAAUCCAUUAUUACAAUACACAUGGAUGGACAAAUUCAAUCGUCAAUUAGAACGUUUAUUAGUCGAUUUACGCGGAGGCGAACGUUUGUUUUUAAGUGCUGAUAGACAGACAGGUAUUGCUGUUCAUGAACACGAUGACGAUUAUUUAUUGAAUGAACGUUGGACUAAAGUCGAAAUCAACAGUACACGACAACAUAUUGUCUAUACACAACUAAAUCCCCAAACACACUCCUGUCGUAUGUCAUCAUUGCAAGAUGAUGGUUCAACCACUCAUGGCCCAGUUCAUUCAUGUCCGGGUACACCAAUGGGUGCUCCAUACUUUUUUGGUGUUGCUUGCAAAGAUGUUCUUGUUCUGUGGCACGGUUCUCGUCAAAUUAAACUUCGACGACAAGAAGGUUGGACCAUGGCUCGCCAUCAUUUUGAAUCAAUUAUCCCACAUCUACCUGUUCUACUCGAUCCAUUUCAUCGUUAUUACUCUUUAUAUGACGAUUCUAUGAUCGAAAUCAAGGAUUUGAAUGGUGACGUUCUUGGUCAACGUUUUACUGAUAUUAUCAAACCGACACGAUUCGAAUUUAUCGAUCAUCAUGGUACAAUUUGGGUUGCUAACCAAACACAUAUGCAAUUAUUUCAUUCCAAGAAUGAUCAAGCAUGGCUUGAUUUUUAA